UUCCUUCGACCCGAUCCAAUCCACGACCAUUAGCUACGUGUCGCAACCCUCGAAGACGUCAAACACUUUACCAGCGACAGACUCAGAGUCGGAUCAGAAUGGCGCGAUUGCGCAAGGAAUCCUUCAGCGACGAUGACCUCGAGAUCCUCAGCUCCCAGGCGGCCAACAUGACGCUCGCCUCCGGCAGUCAAACGCCGCUCAGGCAGUCUAGCGAUCCAAACAAGGAGGUUGUGGAUCUGACAGAGAGCCCGAUACCAGUCAUCCGAACACCCGCAGCGGCUACGGCGACGCCCACUUUUGGCCAUCCCACCAAACUCGCCCCGCGGUUUGGCCAGCGAGCAAAGGACCCCAACCAUGUCUUCAUCCAGCGUAAAACACGGCCGGAGUUUCACAGCGACUUGUAUAGGAGUUCAGGUCCUCUGAAGCCCAAGAGCGAGCCGAGAAGAGGGCCACAACUGCAGAUGUUUAGCUCCCUGAGCGAGGACGCCCAGCCAGGAUACCAGUACACCCAACCGUCGGGUUCCUACGGGGAUAAGGUGUUCUACACAGACCCCGCCAAGGCCUCUGCAGACUUGAAAGCCCUGCUCGAAGGGAGCAUAGAAGAUGAAGAAGAGGAGGACGGUCAGGAGUCUAAACCGGAGAACGACAAGCCAAAGGCGGAGACGAUCGAGGAUGGCACAAUAGAAGGCAUUAAAGUCAAGCUCCUUCCACACCAAGUUGAGGGGGUCAAGUGGAUGCGCGGGAGAGAGGUCGGGACACAUAAGAAGGGGAAGGCGACCAAGGGCGGCAUCUUAGCCGACGACAUGGGUCUCGGAAAGACGCUGCAGAGCAUAUCUCUGAUCGUCAGCAACCCGAUGCCUGGACCGAAUGACGACGGGUGGCAGAAGCAUUUCGACCAGGUCAAGAAGGGGACACUUGUCGUUGCGCCGCUUGCGCUCAUCCGGCAGUGGGAAGCGGAGAUCAAGGACAAGGUGACUAAGGAUCGCGAGCUCAAGGUCUGCGUCCACCACGGGCCCCAGCGGACCAAAGAUCCAAAAGACCUGGCAAAGUACGAUGUGGUCAUUACUACAUAUCAGAUCCUGGUGUCUGAGCAUGGGAACAGCCACUCUGACCCGUCAAGAGCACCUCAGGUAGGCUGCUUUGGCAUCCACUGGUUUCGGGUCAUCCUGGACGAGGCGCACAGCAUCAAGAACCGCAACGCCAAAGCCACAAAGGCUUGCUGCGCUCUCCGCGCCGAGUACCGCUGGUGCCUUACCGGCACGCCGAUGCAGAACAACCUCGAUGAGCUCCAGUCGCUGGUCAACUUCCUGCGCAUCCCCCCCUACGACGACCUGGCCGUGUGGAGAGAGAAAAUUGACGGUCCCAUGAAGAAGGGCAGGGGCCAUAUUACCAUCCAGCGGCUGCACUCGCUUCUUCGCUGCUUCAUGAAGCGGCGGACCAAGGACAUCCUCAAGGAAGAGGGCGCCCUUGUGGCAGGGGGCAAGAAGGCCCUUGAAGCGGCCGCGGCCAAGGCAAAGGAGGAAGGCCGGGACGAGGCGGAUGUUCAAAAGCCUGCCUUCAAAGUGACCCAGCGCAAGGUCGUCACGGUCGAGACGCAGUUCUCGGAAGCCGAGCGCGAAUUCUAUGAUGAGCUGGAGGCGCGUGCCGACCGGAGCCUCGAGAAGAUGAUGAAGGGCAAGGGAGUCAACUACGCCAACGCCCUCGUGUUGCUGCUGCGCCUGCGCCAGGCAUGCAACCACCCCCGACUGUCUCAGACGAAACUCGAGAAGGACCGCGAGGCGCUGGCUGCUGAUACCGCGCGGCCGUCGAAGGCUAGCGCCGCAGACGAUCUGGACGCCCUUGCUGACGCCUUCGGUGGGAUGGGUAUCCAGACGAAGCAAUGUGAUAUGUGUCUGAACGACCUGAGCAGGGACGAGGUGGCGGCCGGUGCGGUGCGGUGCACCGAGUGCGUACAGAGCUUGCAGAAGGUCAAUCAGGAGAGUCCCAGCCGGAAGAAGCCGAAGAAGGAUGGCAGGAGGGUCAGUGUUGUGGAGGAGGAAAUCAAGAUUGAAAAAAUGGCCAAGCGAAAACCCAGGGGUCGUAAGAUCAUCACCGACAGCGAUGACGAGGAGGAGGAGGGCAGCUGGCUGGUGCCGGAAGACGAGCGCGGAUCCCUGCAUCUUGGAAAGGUGGGCGGUGAAGAAGAUGAGAACGCAGAGGGCGGGGGCGAAGAUAUCGGUUCUGAAGACUCAGAGCACCCGUCGGAGGAGGAUGAGGAGGAUGACGAGAGCCAACUCGACAGUUUCAUUGUCAACGACGAAGACGUGCCGGAAGGUGACGACCAGGCCUCAGAUGUCGACUCGGGCUCGGACUCGGACGACGAGACAUUUGUGUCAGUGUCUAAGCUACGCUCACAAGUGGUUUCCCAGCGUUCGCCGUCGCCAUCCGACAGCGGGGCCGACUCGUCGGAAGAUUCAGGCAUAUCCGAAUCCGAGCUCCUCUCUGGAUCAGACUCCGGCUCGGACGAUGACGAUGACGACCUCCCGAUUAGACGGCACGGCAACGGCCAGCACCGCAACGGCACCAAACCUAAGAGGAUCAGCACGGGGGCCCCCAGCGGCAACAACAUCAUGGCUUCAGCCAAGAUUCGCGAGCUCCUCUCCAUCCUGCGCAAAGAAAGCCCCGAACACAAGUUCAUCGUCUUUUCGCAAUUCACCUCCAUGCUAGACCUGAUUGAGCCCUUCCUCCGCGCCCAGCCAGGCCUCAAGGCGGUGCGCUACGACGGAAAGAUGGCCAACGACGCUCGCGAGGCGGCGCUCCGCGCCCUGCGGACCGACCCGCACACCCGCAUCCUCCUGUGCUCGCUCAAGUGCGGCUCGCUGGGCCUCAACCUGACGGCGGCCACCCGCGUCGUCAUCGUCGAGCCGUUCUGGAACCCGUUCGUGGAGGAGCAGGCCAUCGACCGGGUGCACCGGCUGACGCAGACGGUCGACGUGGUCGUCUACAAGCUCACCGUGGCGGACACGGUGGAGGAGCGCAUCCUGGAGCUGCAGGAGAAGAAGCGGCGGCUGGCGGAGGCGACCAUCGAGGGCGGCGCGGGCGCCAAGGGCAAGAGCCAGCUCAAGCUGGGCCUGCAGGAGAUCCUGGAGCUCUUCAAGCACGACCCGAGGACCUCGCUCGGAACCGGGGAUGACGACUACAGGUUUUCAAAUAGCAGGGCUGUGGUGGAAGACAUCGCGCACAUGAUUAGGCGGGGUCGCAAGGGUCCGAAAAAGAGGAAGGAACAUGAGAUCUAUGGGCGGAGGUGGUAAGGUUGGGGCAAGCCCGUUGGUGUGAGAUACAGAGGAUGAAUUUACAUAUGUAUGGGCACACGUGGACAUGGAACCCCAAAGUCUACGGAUCGAUUAGAGGGCUGCCGGGAAGGGCUAGGUGGGCAUGUUCUGGGUUGUACAGUACAUACUUUAUUGGUUUUAUUGGGUCAACCGGAUGGAA